AUGCCCCGAGGAUCGCCCUAUAACUCGUUCGUGCACCCAUACGCCAUUCGUGUCGACGAUUUCUCCGGCUCGUCCAGCUUAAAGACCGUCCCGCUUUUGCAUCUACUGUCGCAUACGCACACAGACCACAUUCAAGGGUUGUCUGCAAGAUCAUUUGGGCAUACUGUGUAUUGCUCUCAAGACGCGAAGGAAAUGCUUCUAAGACAUGAGGUGCUAGCCGAGCGACAGCUGAGAGAGAAGGAUGUACGAGCAGAGAACAUACGAACAUUUAAGCACCUCAAGAUCAAGCCCCUUACGCACGAUGACGGAAUGGUUUUCUAUAACGGUUCAAGAGACCUGCUCAAACCACUGCCCCUCAACACGCCAACACGGUGCGAAUUGUCGAACGGCAAUCACGUUACAAUAACGCUCAUCGACGCCAACCACUGCCCAGGCGCGGUCAUGUUCCUCAUUCAAGGUUCCCUGGGCUCGAUACUCUAUACUGGUGACUUUCGCGCUGAGCCGUGGUACCUUGAUUCUCUCAAGAAGAAUCCUUUCCUCGAGAAAUACAUCGCUACGUGGGACCCUCAUAUUUCGAAUGCUUUCCCAGAGACCGUAGGCGAGACUUUGGAAGCUAUCUACCUCGACACCGCAUGUAUGCUGAGCACGAAGCUUAUACCUUCUAAGGAUGAAGCGACGUCUGGGCUUGUCUCUCUCAUGAAACUCUUUCCCGAAUCUACCCGUUUCUUCAUCAAUGGAUGGACCUGGGGUUACGAGGACAUCUAUAAAGUAGUGGCAAAAGCUUUCCGAACGAAUAUUCACGUUGAUAGGUAUAAGCACACGGUCUACUCUCACCUUGACCGUGAACCGUUUUUGCGCUCUAUCAUCACCCGAGACGAGCGUGCUACGCGAUUCCACGCUUGCGAACGUUUUGAUCGUUGCAGCGAAGUCAAAGCUGAAGGCCAGGACACGCAUACUUCAAGCGGCAAUCACGUUGUCUACGUUAAUCCGGUGACUAUGGGUGCUACGGAUUGGCAAGCUUAUAUACGCGAAACGGAGGAGCGUUUGCAAAAGGGAGAGACGGUGAAUCAUCUACUUGUGGCGCUCUCGAGGCAUUCACCUCUUCCCGAGCUCCAGUCGUUCGUUUCGCUCUUCAGGCCGAAACGUAUAAUACCCAACACGCUCGAUCCAAAGCUCUGCAGCCUUGACUGGGCCGCAAUCCCAGGGAUGUUCUCCGGCCUUCUUGCAUUGGAUGAAGCUUCCUUCAGAACAGAGGUCCGCCAGUCGAUCGCCGAAGAGCUUGGACUACAAUGGACUACCAUGUCGCUAAACUUGGACGAUGGAGAAGAUGUUGCCAUUACGAACUUAGAGGGAAACGGCUCACUCGAGAUAGCCGAACGAUGGGCAGACGAUGGCAAGAUCCGACACAAACUCCAAACUCUCCUGAAGUACCUAGACGGUCCCGAACGCAAUUCAGUAGAGCGUCUCCUGAAAGUCUCCGCCUCUACCGAUACUCAGAGCCAGACACAAGAUGUCUGGAAUGAAAUGUCGGCUGGACCUCUCAAAGUCGAAGCGAAGGCUCAAUUCAAGGAAAGGGGAUUCCAGGGCCGCGCAACGCAUUCUCAGACUGAGCGUGCCAUGGCGCGUCUCCAUGCAGGGUUCUCAAAGCCAUCAGCGAGAAUGCAGGUGGACAGCGACGCGGAGACCGAGGACGGGGAUAACGAGGAAGCUCAUAUGAAUACUGCACACUUCCUUUUUGCGUCAUAUGCCGACAUGCCGUCACAGCUC